AUGGACGAAGAUGACGGGUUAUUGUUGAACUUUGCUGCUCCUAGCAGUUCAGAACCAACAGGAAACAAGGCAAAAAAGUCUGGAAAUAAAGUUACUGGUGGAAGAUGGAAGGAUCGUCGUAAGCUUCAAUUAUCUUUACAAGGAAGAGGUAGAAAUCAGAAAAAAGAGAAAAUAGUGGCAACCGGAGUCAAUAGUACCGAUAUCGACAAUUCUAGAUUGGAUAGAGCAAAGGAGUCAUUGGAUACUGCUAAAGAAAAACCAGCACAAGAGAAAAGAAGAGUUCCAACGAAUCAAGAUCAUUUAGGUCCAUCAUCGAAGAGAAUAAAAUUCAAAGAAACGUCGGGUGAAUUUGGUGGAAAGAACAGCUCUUAUGUUUCAUCAUUAUUUACUUCUAACGAAGCCAGCUCUACUUUAACACCAACGGAUACUUCUGCGGCAACCACUACGUAUUUACCAUCCAAUGCACCAUUGAAGGAUGCAACAACUUUUGACGGUCUUGGGCUUAAUGACAAAUUGGCCACCCAUUUAACAGAAUCAUUGCGUUUCAAAGCCCCAACCAAAGUACAAAGAUCAGUCAUUCCAAGCUUGAUAGCAACUCAGAGAGAUUUGUUUGUUAAGGCACAGACAGGUUCUGGUAAAACUUUAUCAUUCUUACUACCAAUUUUUCACAAGUUAAUGUCAGAAGAGAAGUACAAAAUCACUCGUGAAUCCGGAUUGUUUGCAAUUAUUUUAGUUCCAACUAGAGAAUUGUGUACUCAAAUUUAUGGUGUCUUAGAAACAUUAGUUAGAUGUCACCACCAUAUUGUACCAGGUAUUGUUAUUGGUGGAGAAAAGAAAAAAUCUGAAAAGGCAAGGCUUAGAAAGGGUGUGAAUAUCUUGGUUGCAACUCCAGGGAGAUUAGCAGACCAUAUGGAAAAUACUACGUCUUUGGACGUAAGCCAAUUGAGAUGGUUGAUUUUGGAUGAAGGUGACAGAUUGACAGAACUAGGUUUUGAAGAGACAAUUACCAAAAUUACUGACAAUAUUUCUAAAAACUCGAAGAUAUCUGAAACUAUACACAAAUAUCAGGGAUUACCAACCGAAAGAGUUAAUGUUUUAUGUUCUGCUACAAUUCAAGAUAAUGUAAAGAAAUUAGGUAAUAUGAUUUUGAAUAAUCCUGAAACCAUAUCUGUUGAUUCUAAUAAACAAAUUGAGGGAACUCUUAACUUUGAUGAUGAAGAAGAACAAAACAAUUUCGAUUCUAACAAUUCAGAAGGAAAGAGAAUGUCUGCACCAGAUCAAUUGAUUCAAAAAAUCUUAGUUGUACCACCGAAAUUGAGACUUGUCGCUCUCAGUGCAAUGUUGAAGAAGUUAUCCAAGGAAACUAAUAGCCUUGAUGACGGGGUCAAUAGGAGAACUAUUGUCUUUUUUUCGUGUUCGGAUUCUCUUAACUUCCAUUUCGAUGUGUUUACUAGAAAUGGUAACAUGUUCAAAAAGAGAAAAAAUAGAGAGACUGAUAAAUUCGAGACAGUUGAAGUUCCAUAUUAUUCUAAGUACGACAAUGAGGAUGAUAAUGAAGAAGAUAAACCAAGCAUUUUAACUGCACCUAUAUUAGGAUCAAACUCAUGUGUAUAUAAACUUCAUGGUUCUUUAUCACAGCAACAGCGUGCAACCACAUUACAAGCGUUCAUCAAAGAAAAAAACGAAGGCAAAAAUUCAGCUAAACAUUCCAUCUUGUUCUGUACUGAUGUCGCUUCUCGUGGUUUGGAUUUACCAAACAUUUCCAGCGUUAUUGAGUAUGACCCACCUUUCAGUGUUGAAGAUCAUUUGCAUAGAAUUGGGAGAUCUGCGAGAGUUGGUAAUGAAGGUAGUGCUGUUUUAUUCUUGUUACCUGGGAAUGAAGAAGGUUAUGUUGAUGGAAAAAUCAGAGUAGUUCAUCCAAAAGAGGAUAACCUUAGAAUUAUCAGCUAUGAAGACGUUUUAAAAGAAGGUUUUGCUGAACCUGAAGAAGACCAAGAAGAAAAGAAGGCAUCAACCAAACCUGACCCUAAGAAGAGAUUUGGUAAAUGGGAUAUUCAUGCUACUACAUGGCAUUUAGAUGUUGAAAGAUGGUUAUUGGAAGAUAGUACCGCUCACGACAGGGCGGUCCAAGCAUUUACUUCACAUAUUAGAGCAUAUGCUACUCAUUUAUCUACAGAGAGGAGUUUCUUUAAUGUAAAACUAUUACAUUUAGGUCAUUUGGCUAAGAGUUUUGGGUUGAGAGAAACUCCUAAGAAGUUAGGUAAAUCUGUAGGAGGUAAUACAGGACUCCAAGAUGUGAAUAAUAGUAAAAAGAUAAAGAAAGAGGAUCCAAGGAAAAAAAUGUUAAGAAUGGCAAAGAUGGCCAUUAAUUCGAACAGUAGUGAAUUUAACUAUUAG